CCUGCUCCAGAGUUUUACAACAAAAGACAACGACUUGGAAAGAGCUUGUCGGAGAGUUGCGAGGGAAUGUAACAUUGGACGAGGAGAGAACAAAGGGGCGGGACGGGCUGAGCCAGUGGACUCGGGGAUGAGAUAGCGCUCUACGAACAUCAUCUCCCCAUCCUUCCCCGUCGGAAGACACUUCUUCUUCUUUCUUUGCGGAUGAUGUAACUGUUUAGUGACGGACUGGGCUCGGAUGUGUCCUCGCUGCUGACGAAGUGCUCAUAUUUCUCUCACAUUAUCAGCGCACGCUGCUUCCCGGCAGCGCACCGCAUCCUCUGGUUUUAGCGGCCAGUGUCCAGGUUUGCGCAGAGCUCCACGGGCGAGCGGCUCCUCGGGCGGGUGAGCGCCGGCCGGCUGUGGUUUUCUUCCCCUCUAUAGGUGCAGUCAUGUGGCAGAGGAUACAGAUUUGUUGGGUACUGUUUGCACUGUAUUCAGCGGCACCGCCUGCACACAUCAACCGCCUGGCGCUGUUCCCUGACAAGAGCGCCUGGUGCGAAGCCAAGAACAUCACACAGAUAGUCGGGCACACGGGUUGUCAGCCUCGCUCCAUUCAGAACAGAGCUUGUCUGGGUCAGUGUUUCAGUUACAGCGUCCCCAACACGUUCCCACAGUCAACCGAGUCCCUGGUGCACUGUGACUCCUGCAUGCCGGCCCAGACACAGUGGGAAGUGGUGACUCUGGAGUGCCCGGGCAGUGAAGAGUCUCCUCGCGUGGAUAAGCUGGUAGAGAGAAUCUUCCACUGUAGCUGCCAGUCCUGCAGUAAAGAAAGCGGCCAGGAGGGGGCGGUAAUGCAGCUGUAUUCAGCAGACAACGUCCUGGACGCUCUGUCUCUACCGGACACCCUCAGCGGCGCUCAGUCUCACCCGCUGCCCCCUUUAAACACACACUCUAAAAAGCAUGCUCACCCACACACAGCCCAUCACACACUACCACACACAUCAGAUGGAGGAUAGGGACGACGUCCUUUUGUCCCUCUGCUCAUCUUUCACGACCUCCACACUGCAGCCUUUGUACCAAUCUGUAGUGUAAAGGCACUUUGAAAAUAUGGCUUCAGUUCAGUCAAGUUUCUCUAAAGAAACAUGCACACUCGCACACACAUGCACAUGACAUGGCUGUUAAUAAUCUGUAGUCUCAUAACUUUGUAUCUGCUUUAUCACAAUAAAUUAUAUUGUUGUUAUAA